AUGGCCCUCAAAUUAAAGCUCAGCGUCGGCGGUAGCGGAGGCAGUGGGUCCUCUCAGACUCCAAAGACCUCAGGGUCACCGGAGCCGACUCAAAAGUCUCGCAGUUCCACCCCCAAGAUCAAAAUAAAGCCGCCGAAACCUGAGCCUGAACCUGAAGACGUGAAAACACCGAAAAAGAUCAAGCUCUCGCUCGGAGCGAAGAACUCAAAGAAGCUGGUGGAUGUGAAGCCCGCUCGGUCAGUACCGCGAGUACGGAUUAAGCCCACCCGUGUUCCUGGUGAAGGCUACGACUCAGAGGCGCCCGACAUCGAAGACGACCCUUUAAUUGAACAGGGGAUGAUGAUACGAUUUCUCGACGAUACCAAUCUUGACUUCGUCCACUCAGCUUGUGAGCUGGGCGACUAUACGGGGCUCAAUAUUAAAUGGAUCUCGAAGGAUAAAGCAGUGGUAAAUGUCAACGGGACAUUAUACCUGGCGCGGGUGAUUGACUUACCGACAGUGACUGAGGUUUUCAAAACCACUGAUCGCAAGAAUAUCUUUAAAACAUUGGAUAUAUCACAGAUGCUUUUGGUGAUUAAAAAAGUGGACCCGGAAAAGCUUCGUAAGGAUAAAGAUUUCGAAGUGCCGCAAGAGAAAUUGUACCACCACCCGUUAUACAAGAUGGCGCAGAAUAAAGAGUUCAAGGAGAACCGUUACGUGUGGCGUGAUGGGCUUCUACCGCCGUUUGAAGACGUGUUCCGUCGGUUUAGACCGCGUAAGCUUAAUCACCGGGUGAUGGACCUGGUGGAUGCUCGCGUCAAUGAACUUAUCAAACGAGACGAGGAUGCUGAGGAGCUGGCGUUUGAGAUCGUCGACCCCAAGAAGAUGAAUGCGGGAGCUCCCGGUACUCCAGGGGUUAUUGGUACUCCUACCGGGUUAUCGCUGUCAAAUACUCCUCGUGCCUGGGGCAACGGGGGGCAACUACUGGGUACCCCGCUGGCUGCUGGUACUCCCGCGCCGCCAUUUGCUGAUGAUCUUGAUGAGUUUGAAGGCGUCAACUUGGAAGAAGAACUUAAUAAAGUGUUGGAUGGCAGUGUCGGCGAUGACUUGUUUGGUGGCAUUGCCAUUGAGCGAGAAGAAGGCGAUGAAGAUGAUGGUGAAGAGGAUGCGGCGGAAGAACCCGACGAGCCUGAGGACGAUGACGAUAGUGAUGAUGACGAUGAUGAGGACGACGACGACGACCAGCAUCUCAAGAUGUUGAAUGAGGAGAUCGCUGACUUGGAGAAGGCCGUCGAGUCCAAUAAACGCCACCUUGACCUGGCGUCUCUGCGGAUGAUGCGGAUGAAGUUCCAGACGUCGUACAACUCGUUGCGGCAGCUGCUUGAUCAAAAGAAGCGGGCUUUGGCUAAAUUGCUUGAAGAACAAAGGAAACUGGACCCCACUUCACAACAAGGGGCUCUGGCGCUGGCAGCAGCAGCAGCGGCGGCGGCAGGAGUGGCCACCGCGGGGGUUGACGCUGAUGGCGACGAUGAAGAAGAUGACGACGACGGCGAUGACGAUGCCGAAGAUGGCGACGAUGCCGAAGAUGGCGACGACGGUGACAAUGGUGACGACGGUGAGACUCCCGCCGCCAACGGAGACGAUGACGACGACAUUGAACUCGACGAAGAUAACGACAUUGAUGACUUGUUUGGGUAG